UCUCCAUCUUUUCUGCAGGAGAUCGAUCCUUACCUGCUAUGCUGAGCCCUGUUCUUUUGAUAAAAACACCUCUGAAGAUUUCUGCUCAGGUUCUACUUUCAGGGAUAUCCCAAUCUGCAGACAAUCCUUUGAACCUUGUAACUCAAGAUCGGGUGGAUGGAUUUCCCUUCUGUUGGUGAACUACAUCUAAAUAGGACUUAAAGAGAUUUUGCCUGCAGGUCCUGCCAUCCCUGGUCACAGUAAACCCCUAAUAUAAAACAAUAAUCUUCCACUCAGCAACUUUGAAGCUUUUCGACCGUCACUUUCAGAUUCUGGAAAAGACCUCUUCUUCCUUCUGGAGAUUUCUCCUAUCAUUAUCAGUGCCCCAGGUGGUCCACCUUAUCCAUGGACAUGUACUCUUCUAAGGAAGGAAACAACACUUUCCGCACAAUGGAGCAGCUAUUUAAUUACUCAGAAGGUAGUGGUAUGCAAGACGACUUCUCUGCUGCGAUACAUGGAAGACACGUGAUACAGGACGAAUUUCGAAUUCCUCUAAAUCCUGCAAGUGUUUUUGAAUUGGUCUACUUGCCUUUCAAUACUAGUGAAAUUGCUCCAAAUGUUUCUAAAAUAACUGAAUUUUUUUCUUCUCCUUAUGAUCAACUGUUUGAUAAUUUAACACGAAAUCUUCUCAAUGGCUUCAUUGCCCUUAUUUGCAUUUUAGGCCUGGUGGGAAAUGGAAUGACAAUUUAUCUCCUGGCCUUUUCCAUUAAGAAGAAUCCUUUCACCACUUUCAUCCUGAAUCUCUCCAUUGCAGAUUUUGGGGUCAUCACAUCCCUCAUUACUGCAACUAUAUUUUUGUCAGUGUUUACUUUGAGUCACCAAACAUACCUUAUCAAUGCCUUUUUCUUCUUACUUUUUGAGUUCUUUUUCUUCACCUAUUCUGCCAGCCAGUUUCUGCUGACGGCCAUCAGCCUGGACAGGUGUGUGGCUGUUCACUUCCCACUCUGGCAUCGCUGCCAUCGUCCUCCAUAUUUAUCCAGACUUGUUUGUGGCCUCAUCUGGAUCCUCUCCUUCCUGCUCACUGCGGUGCACUUCAUUCUCCACCAGACCAGAACCUAUGGAAGUUCACCUUUGCUUUACCAGCUGAUUGUGAAUGGUUUACUUUGUACACCUCUCAUGGUUGUGUCUUCUGUGACUCUCUGGAUUUAUAUAAGCUCUAAAAUGCAACGCAAUCAAAGGAAACUGCUCACCACCAUCUUGCUGGCUCUCCUCUUCUUUCUCCUUUUUUCUCUCCCAAUGUAUGUCUUUCACGUCAUGGAAUAUUUUGGUUCCUAUAAUCCCCUCCUCAUGACCAUUGGGGUAGGAUGUGCCACUCUCAACAGCAGCAUCAACCCUCUUCUUUAUUUUUUAGUGGGGAGGACUAAGAGGGGAAAGGAUCAGUCCAGAGCAUCUUACAAGGUUGCUCUGCAAAGAGUCUUCAGGGAUGAGAAGGGAAGCAUGGAAGAGCAGGAAACCAUGAGUGAAAGCCAAUUGUGAAGAGUCAUAAAUUUGCAUAUGCAAUAUUUUAAGGUAGAAGUUUAUUAUGGAUAUCACAUGUGCUUUCCUUAAGAACAUACAGAUGUGAUCAAAUUUACUGAGCAAAGUACUUAACAACAAAAACUAUGUAAACAGGAAGCGUUGCUGUGUCCUCAUUUUUCAAUCCGAAGAACUUGUUUAAUGGGAAAUGUUGUAGUUGAAAUGUUUUAUCUGUUUAACACAAAAUACGACAUUUUUGAUCUUGAAAAAUUUCAGACAUAGUAUCAUUCAAUUAUCUUUUAUAAUAAGUUUAUUAUUAAUCAUCAUUCAUUAGUGGCUUUGUUUUUUUACUAAAUAUAUAUAGCUUCUGUAAUAAUGUCAUGUUCAUGGACUGUAUAUUGGAGGUG